GAGAGAGAGGGAGAGAGAGGGAGUAACGUGCCUUGCAGGGAGCUGGGAGCUUGAUGGGAAUGUUUGAUUAGCUCCUCUCGGAAAGGGAGAAGGUGUCCAGGCCUCCCCUUCGCUGCCUGCCUCUGAUUCUCUAGAAUAAUGUUGACUGGAGUUUGUGGCACAGAAAAACUUGGAAAAAUUAGCACUUUGAUACUGGGUGGAGACGAGGAAUAAAAAGUUACACACCUCAAGCAAGAGUUCCUUACUGAUACAUCCAGACUUCGCUUUUCUCACCAUGAAGACCUCAGUCAUCGCCACCUUUUUUGGUGUAUUUCUUACAUAUACAUAUGCAGCUAAGGAAGCCACAAAGAAGACUAAAAAGGCUAAGCUAUAUUUUGUACUCACAGAUGUACCCCAGAUCGACUGUGAUGUCAAGGCAGGGAAGAUAAUCAAUCCAGAAUUUAUUGCAAAAUGCCCUCCUGGAUGUCAAGACGUAAAAUACCGUGUUUAUGGCACAGACAUUUAUGCUUCUUUUUCCAGUGUGUGUAGUGCUGCAAUUCACAGUGGUAUAAUUGACAACACAGGUGGGAAGAUCCUCGUCCAGAAAGUCGCCGGCCAUGCCGGUUACAGAGGGAGCUUCUCCAACGGGGUCCGAUCCCUGUCGCUGCCGCGCUGGAGGGAGUCCUUCCUCGUUGCAGAGGGCAAGCCAAGGAAAGGUGUGACGUACCCAUCAACUCUUGAAUAUUCUUCUUCAAAAAGCACGAUUGUUAAAUCAGAGCCUAAAAAGUCAGAGCAAGACAUAAAAGCUAUGAAGAAUGCCAGCACCUCGAACACAUCAGAAAAAGCAUCAGAACAAGGCAAUACAGUCCGCAAAGAGUACCAGACGCCUCCGGUAGCAAUAUCAACUACACAAAUUGCCGCCACCACCCCAACACCAACAACCACAACAACAGAUCCUUUCACUACAACACCAAAACCAACCACAGCACCUGCGACAACCAGAACCACAACAGCUGGAGCUGCAGCCAAGUCUCGACCUGCACUACAUAGAGUCAGAGAUACAGGCUCUAGCAGCGUCCACCCGGCAUAUUCAUCUGUGGCAGCUGCAGCAUCAAGACAGAUCCAGGCUGCACAAGGAAGAGGACAGACUUUAGCAUUCAGGGGCACUUCCACCUCCUCAAGUAACAGGAAUAUUUUACGAACAAAUACAGGUAUUCAGCGCCAAGAGCCUGUUGCAGCCUUCCGAAAGCGUGCCGGAUCUCCAGUCCAUCUGGCAAUGGAAACAGAUCUGUGGAAAUCUGGAUUAAGCCUUUUUGACACAGGCUUCAGUUCAAAAGAAGAAUUGAAUCCAAAACCGCUGGAGUCAAGAUCCCAGGGGAACCCAAAUUGCAAAGUUGAUUUGUCCUUCUUGAUUGAUGGGAGCUGGAGCAUCGGUAAACGUCGCUUUCAGAUCCAGAAGCAGUUCCUCAGUAACGUGGCUGAAGCCCUUGACCUUGGCAGUGCUGGUCCUCUGAUGGGCAUCAUUCAGUAUGGCAAUGACCCUUCCACAGAAUUUAACCUAAAAACUUACGCAAACUCCAAGGAUGUCAGAAACGCGAUUGAGAAAAUCCCACAGAAAGGCGGACUUUCCAACGUUGGGAGGGCACUUUCAUUUGUUAACAAAAACUUCUUUUCGGAUGCUAACGGAAACAGAGGCGGCGCACCAAACGUGGUCAUAGUGAUGGUGGACGGAUGGCCUACUGACAAAGUGGAGGAGGCCUCCAGGCUGGCCAGAGAAUCAGGAAUCAAUAUUUUCUUUGUCACUAUUGAAGGAGCUGCUGAAAAUGAAAAGCAGAACGUUAUUGAACCAGACUUUGUGGACAAGGCCGUAUGCAGAACAAACGGUUUCUAUUCCAUCAACGUGCCCAGUUGGUUCAGCCUACACAAGGCAGUCCAGCCCUUGGUGAAGCGGGUCUGCGACACUGAUCGGCUGGUUUGCAGCAAGACGUGCCUCAAUUCAGCUGACAUCGGCUUCGUAAUCGAUGGCUCCAGUAGCGUUGGCACCGACAACUUCCGCACGGUCCUCCAGUUUGUAGCCAACAUCAGCAAGGAGUUUGAGAUUUCGGACACGGACACGCGCAUCGGAGCUGUUCAGUACACAUACGAGCAACGGCUGGAGUUCGGCUUUGACAAGUACAGCUCUAAGCAAGACGUACUGAGUGCUAUUAAAAGGAUCAGUUACUGGAGUGGAGGCACCAGCACGGGAGCAGCCAUCAGCUAUGCCUCAGAGCAGCUGUUCAGCAAAUCCAAACCCAACAAAAGGAAGAUUAUGAUUCUCAUUACAGACGGCAGGUCUUACGAUGACGUCAGAGUGCCGGCCAUGACAGCUCACCAGAACGGAGUCAUAGCUUACUCCAUUGGAAUUGCUUGGGCAGCCCAGGAUGAACUGGAAGCCAUUGCAACGGAUCCCGAUAAGGAGCAUUCCUUCUUUGUGGACGAAUUUGACAAUCUCUACCAAUUUGUUAAUCAGCUCAUCCAAAACAUUUGUACAGAAUUUAAUUCACAGCCACGGAACUGAUCAAAUCAAGCAAAGUGGGAUCCUUGGACAUCAUGCUGAAGACACACAAAAUGCUAUAGGAGUAAUGCCAACUCUGAGUUCAAGAAAUACUGGAAUUGUUCUUCUCUGACACUUUCCAGUUAGCAAGGUUGAUUGCAGCUCUUUCACUAGGCGCGAUAAUGCUCUGUACAGACCGUUGAUUUUUGUUUUUCUUGCAGGCUUCAGAAAUUCUGAUUUGGAUGGAUAGCAAAAAAGGCAGUAAACUUUUUGGAGGAGAUGACUGGAGCUGUUUGAAAAGCUUCUUCCAGUAUAGAUAAACUUCUGAUUCCCACCUUUGGGCGCACACAGGCUCUUUAAAAUGAACCAUCUCCUUCCUGCACUGGUGUGUGGCCUCAGCCCCGGUCUGCAGGACCUUUCAGGGAGCAUCCACACUGCUUAGCUACUGUGGCAGAAGCACCUCCGUGUGACACUGCCCACCAGCCGUCCUCCAGGUCAAAACUGAAAUUCUAGAGAUUUUUUUUUCUUUUUUUGAUUAAAAUUUGAGCACCUUCUUAAAAGCAGCCACUCUCCCCGUAGAGCUGUCUUGCUAGCAAGUUAAGUUUCAGCUAAUGUAAAUUCAAGUGCUGAGAUUUAUCCAAAUGCAGAGACUGGAAAACACGUGAGAGGAAAGAUUCAAGCUCCCAGGUGACCUGAUCCGUCUGUAGCUGUGGCACCCUACAAGCAUUUAUCAAUCCCAGUAAAGCCCCAGAUCCACAAAGCAGCCAGCACACAGGAACUAGAAUCUAAGUCUUCCCCCUCCUUCCUCCCACAGCCCUGCAUUAAAAUUUGAUUUUGGGAAGAAAACCUUUUCCAUUUAGCUUUCUCUUGCUCCACUUUGUCAGCAGCUCAAGGCCUGUAGUACAGUAGGAGAGUUGCAGAGAUAGAAGAGACUCUGAAGAAAAAUCACGGGUUUAUGUUGCUCACAGUCCAAAAAAUGCUCGAGAACCACUGCUCCAUCAUUAAAGCAUGGCUCAGUAAGAUCAGCUUAUAGCAGUCACUGACAUGAAGAGAAUUAUUCAAGGGCCAUUAGAAGGCUUUUCAGAGGAAAGAAUUUUAAUGUUUUGUAUUAUACACUGGCAAAACCAAGAUUUCUAGCAUUUACAGACACCCUCUUCAGAAUUUGGAAUUGGCUUCUGCUAUAUAGGUCGAUUUCAAAACACACCUACUACAGCCCUCGAUUAUUCAAAAUACACCCUUCCUUCUUAAGGGAAGAACUAGCCACAUGGCUAGUUGGUGACGCCAGGAGUGAUACAUUAAGAGGGUCAAAAGAAUUGCACUUUAAUUAGGAAGCAGCAGUUGCUGGUUAUGUUUCUAUCCGCUGUAAUUUAAGAAAACACGUUCAUUAAGCAGAAGCUACAGAAGGAAAGGGAAGAAGCUUCAGAGCCAGUGAAAAUGUGUGUGUUCAUAAACCUUAUGGCUGUCAAAGCAAUACUGCAUCAGGCUUGUGGAACUAACAGGAAAGUGAAUAAAUUAGAGCUCAAAUUUCACAUCUUACUCACAAACUGGAGUUUCAAUAGCCUUUAUGCUUUUAAUGAAUAACUAUGAUCAAAGGAUGCUUAAUAUCUAUUCAUAUAAAAAUGUUAAUGGAAGUAAAUUGCCAUCACAGAAGAUUCCUUUCUGUCAACAAAAUAAGCACAAUCUUUCAGAUCUUUAUGUUUGAAAAUAACCCAAAUUAAUGAGCACAUUUUCAUUAAUGAGCAGAUUCUACAUGAUCUCCGUAGUGUGAUAACAUAAGCCAGGCUAGGAUCCUCUCAAGAGGUUCUCCAACUGUUAUCAAAAACAAAACAUUGGAUGAAGGGAAGAUUCAGAUCUUCCUCUUUUAGAAGAAAUGUUCCAUUCUAGCUUUAGCUGGACACCUAACAUAUAGUAACGCUACCCAGACAGAAGACACAGGUUACUGCCAGAAGAAAGCAAGCAAAGACAUAAAAGACAUGCAUACAGAGGGUUUGGGGUUUUUUUUAAACACUAAUUUAUGCUUUAGCGUUUCCACAGUAAUAGCCUCUUGGCCUGAAAAAAAAAAAGAUCAAGGACAGACAAUUAUGCAGAAUCAGAGCAAGCCUGAUAUUUCCCACCCCCCAUCUUCAGAUCUAUUUCCUCAAUAGCAUUCGGCUGAAGGCAUCAUUCUCUUCCAAUAAGGGAUAUUACGCGGUCUGGACAAAACUCAAACUCAUAAACUGGAUUUACUGGGGAAUGUAGCUUAGAUGACAGAUUUAUUGUUUGAAAACCUGCCUGCUUGGGCUUUUAUUUAGGGCUACCUGAGGAAAGUGCCUACUUUUUCACUUUUAACUACACUUAAUGCUGCAGUUAAGUUUCUAACGCAACAAAUAUCACUGUAUAUUUAGCUCCACAACUGAAUGUAAUCUCACAGUACAAAAGAGAGAUACUCCAAAUGUAUUGCUUGUUUUCUGCUGAAAGCACAGCACAGAUGGUAGAGACGUUAGGAAGAACAGUUAGAGCCACAUGCAUUCUUUAGGACAGGCAUUUUCAUUCCUUCCAAAAGCUUGAACUUCAAUCAACGACAGCAACAGUUUGCAAAUGCUCCUCACAGAAAAGUUCAACUGUUAUCCCCUGUGGCAAGCCUUUAAAAAAAUGCACUUCAGGGUUCGUUGUUGCUUAAAUGGUUUAUCUGAACUUUAUAGAACGACGAUGGUGCUUGCCCGGCAAUGCGUAUUUUUAUUAAGUUCUUGAGAUGACCUUGAAAUUGUCCAAUCCAAAAGUGGGAAAGUGGUUUAAUUUUUCAUCCAGCUCUCUUUUAAACUUAAAUGCCCUGUUCAUAAACACUGUAAACUUAAGUGUAAGCUUCAAAAGUCGUAAGAAUAUAUUCUUCCAUAAACAAAAGCAAGCACGUGGAUCAGGGCAGAACAUGCUCCUCUCUUUACUUUUACCUUUCAUAGCAAACAAAAUAUUGGUCAUCUAAUAAAGUCUAUAAAUAAUAUUUUAGCCCCCCCCCC